AUGGAUUGCAAACAGCUGCCCUCACGGUAUCCACUGGGCACCGUGUCCAGCGAUCUGAGAAUUCAGCAAGGCGAUUCCUCCCUGGAGCUGAGCCAGUACCGGGACCAGCACUUCGAUGUGGACGAUGAUGAACAGGAGAAAUCACUGAAGGAAAGCUCCACACUCUAUGUGGGGAAUCUUUCCUUUCAUACUACCGACAAGCAAAUACAUGAGCUCUUCGGUAGAUGUGGUAAUACCAAGCAUGUAUUUAUGGGCGUGGAUAAAAUUAAGAAAAAGGCAUGUAGUUUCUGUUUUGUAGAAUACUAUGACAGACUUGAUGCCGAAAAGGCCAUGUGGUGCCUAAACGGGACCUCCCUAGAUGAUCAUAUUAUCCACACAGAUUGGGACCUAGGCUUUAGAGAGGGCAGACGAUACAGCCGCGGCCAACCUGGGGGCCAGGCAAGUAAUGUGUUUUGUGAAGAUUCUGAUGUUGGUAGAGGUGGCUCUGGAAAACAGGCUCAGGCCUGUGAUAGAAGAGGAAUCCAUUAGUGAAAAACCUGCAGCUCUGGCCCCUGGGAAAGUCUAUUAAAGAACAACACCAGGUCAGCAAAUAACCUGUUUUGUAACAAGUUGAAAUUACUUUACGGGCU